UUCAUGUCUUUAACUUCACUCUUACUCAAAAACCACUAAAUACUUGUCAAAAACUAUACACAGCCCAUUCCUCACCCUAUAUGUACUCUCUUUGUCAAUUUUCAUUAGUUCUUUGAGAAGCUACAAAAAUUAAAUGAAGAUACCUAAGGGAAAGCUUCCACUCUCCAUAAUGGCGAUCGUUGUAGCCACUGUGGUAUUUGCAGGUUUAAUUUUCACAGAGGAUCUUUGGGCAAUCACUGGAAGUUCAAUUUUUAAGCACAAAUCCUGUUCUAAGAAGGAAACAGUGACAAAUUCUAGUAAGAAUACGACAGAAGCGAGGGAGAAGCAAAAGGCCACCUCAUUUGACGAUGAUUUCAUUGAAGAAGAUGAGAGUUAUUUUAAUUCUCAUCAAAGUUGCAGCAUAGAGAACGGGAAAUGGGUUUUUAAUACAUCAGCAGAACUAUUUUAUACUGAUGAGAGCUGCCCAUAUUUGGAUAAGCAAAUAGCAUGCUUAAGAAACGGAAGACCUGACAGUGACUACUUGUACUGGGAGUGGCAGCUAGAUGACUGCAUUUUGCCAAAGUUUAAUGCUACAGCUCUCCUUGAGAAACUCAGAGGAAAGAGAUUAAUGUUUUCUGGAGACUCAUUGCAAAGAGAACAAUGGCAGUCCCUUGUCUGCAUGGUAGAGUCUCAUAUACCAUCAGAUAAGAAGUCGAUGAAACGUAGUCCAUCUCUGUCUGUGUUUAAGAUUGAGGAUUACAAUGCUACGAUCGAGUUCUACUGGGCACCUUACCUCAUCGAAUCCAAUUCUGACGAUCCUAUCAUCCCAGAUACAAAAAAGAGAAUAUUAAGGGUGGAUUCAAUCGCCAAACAUGCACAGCAUUGGGUUGGGGUGGACUUCUUAAUCUUCAAUAGUUAUGUUUGGUGGACCAGUGACCCCAAAAUGAAGUCUCUGUGGGGAUCAUUUGCCAAUGGUGAGGAAGGGUAUGAAGAACUGGAUUCUAUCAUUGCUUUCACAAUGGCACUUAAAACAUGGGCCAAUUGGAUAGAUUCCAAUGUGAACCGGAGCAGCACAAGGGUCCUUUUCACCACAGCUUCCCCCACACAUAUGAGGAGCGCAGAUUGGAAAAAAGAGAAACCAACUCGUUGUUCUAACGAGACAAAGCCUGUAACAGGAAGAGGAUACUGGGGAACUGGCUCUAAUAAAAGGAUGAUGGAGGUGGUUUCAAGUAUAGUUGGGAGGAUGAAGUUCCCUGUUACCUUUGUCAAUAUAACACAGCUCUCGGAUUACAGGAAAGAUGGCCAUGUAUCACUUUAUACCGGAGAACUCUCAGACAAGGAGAAGGAUGAUCCAUAUACGUAUGCAGAUUGUAUCCAUUGGUGCUUGCCUGGAGUUCCUGACACAUGGAAUCAAAUAUUGUAUUCAUAUCUGUAAGCUAGGUGAAGCAAGUCUCAGUGCCAUAGCUUGGUUUGAUUCAAAUUCAAGGAAGAUUUUUUGUAUCAAAUUUGAAAACCAAAAUUUUUUUUGUAUUCAACUAUAAGUUACCUAUUUAUUGAUCAAUAAAUCAGGAAAAAAGUGAAGCACAUGUUCCACCUUGAAAAGGAGGAAGAUUUGGUAUUCAUAGUGCUUCAUUAGGCUGGCACGCCAGCCAUGAAUGACUGAGGGGUGAUUAAUGAACAACAAGAGCAGCUCAGCCUGAGGGGUCCAGGUUGUUAAGCCAUUAUUAAAUCCAUUGAAUGAACUUGGCAGAGUUGAAAGCAAAGCUUGGACCAACCAUCAACCUUGGAGAGCCUGCAGAAACACAUUCGAUUUAUGAUCUUGAAAAUUAUGGAAUACGUAUAUGAAAUGAAAUAAGGAAGGAACUAACUCUUUCUCGUGGCAAUAAUAGGCUCCUAAGGAACGUUAGGUAUAAAUAUGCCUCUUCAGUUGUUGUACUUUAUGGGGAGAGAAGAGGUUAGUAUUUUUCAUCAUUUUGUCAGACACCUGAGCAUUAAUAAAAUAAAGUGAAGGAUUCGAAAUCGUUGCAACUACAGUAUGGGAUGCUAUGGCACUUUGAU